CCCUCUGCAGUCAGCUGAGCCAGCAGCCGAAGCCGAAGCCGAGGAGGAGGAGGAGGAGAAAGCAACGGGCUCAAGAGCCUUCGCAUUCCGGGAGGAGAAGCCAGGGAGACCCCGAAGAAGAAGCACCAUGGCCCCCGCUGGACUCAAAGCCGUCGUGGGAGAAAAAAUCAUGGCCGAUGUGAUAAAGAAGGUAAAGAAGAAGGGAGAAUGGAAGGUGUUGGUGGUGGAUCAGCUCAGCAUGCGCAUGCUCUCGUCCUGCUGUAAAAUGACCGACAUCAUGACCGAGGGGAUCACAAUUGUGGAAGACAUCAACAAGCGCCGAGAGCCGCUGCCCAGUCUGGAGGCUGUGUAUCUGAUCACUCCUUCCGAGAAGUCCGUGGAGUCUCUUAUGGCCGACUUCAAGGAGCCUCCCAAUGCCAAGUACAGAGCGGCCCACGUCUUCUUCACUGACUCCUGUCCUGAUUCCUUGUUCAACGAGCUGGUCAAGUCCCGCGCGGCCAAAGUCAUCAAGACCCUGACCGAAAUCAACAUUGCUUUUCUGCCCUAUGAGUCGCAGGUUUACUCCCUGGACUCAGGCGACUCUUUCCAAAGCUUUUACAGUCCUCACAAGGCUCAGAUGAAGAAUCCCAUCUUAGAGCGCCUGGCAGAGCAGAUUGCGACCCUCUGCGCCACCCUGAAGGAAUACCCAGCCGUUCGAUACAGAGGGGAUUACAAAGACAACGCCAUGUUGGCCCAGCUGAUCCAGGACAAACUGGACGCUUACAAAGCAGACGACCCCACGAUGGGUGAGGGUCCAGACAAAGCUCGCUCGCAGCUCAUCAUCUUGGACCGCGGCUUUGACCCAUCCUCCCCGGUGCUCCAUGAACUGACUUUCCAAGCCAUGAGCUAUGACCUCCUGCCCAUCGAAAACGACGUCUACAAGUAUGAGACCAGUGGCAUUGGAGAAGCUCGGGUCAAGGAGGUUCUGCUGGAUGAGGAUGAUGACCUCUGGGUUACUUUGCGCCACAAACACAUUGCCGAAGUGUCCCAGGAGGUCACUCGCUCUCUGAAAGAUUUCUCCUCCAGUAAAAGGAUGAGUACUGGUGAAAAAACCACCAUGAGGGACCUUUCCCAGAUGCUGAAGAAGAUGCCCCAGUAUCAGAAGGAGCUCAGCAAGUAUUCCACUCACCUUCACCUGGCCGAAGACUGCAUGAAACACUACCAAGGCACCGUUGACAAGCUUUGCCGAGUUGAACAGGACCUGGCCAUGGGCACCGAUGCCGAAGGGGAGAAGAUCAAGGAUCCCAUGAGAGCCAUUGUCCCCAUCCUUCUGGAUGCAAACGUCAGCACCUACGACAAGAUCCGUAUCAUCUUGCUCUAUGUCUUUCUCAAGAAUGGCAUCACUGAAGAAAAUCUCAACAAGCUCAUCCAGCAUGCCCAAAUCCCACCGGAGGAUAGUGAGAUCAUCACCAACAUGGCGCACCUUGGGAUACCCAUUAUUACAGAUUCCACCUUACGCCGCAGAAGCAAGCCGGAAAGGAAGGAGCGUAUCAGCGAGCAGACCUACCAGCUCUCCCGAUGGACCCCGGUAGUCAAAGAUAUUAUGGAGGAUGCCAUUGAGGAUAAACUGGACACCAAACACUACCCGUACAUCUCCACCCGAUCCUCAGCCUCCUUCAGCACUACAGCAGUCAGUGCCCGCUACGGCCACUGGCACAAGAACAAGGCCCCCGGGGAGUACCGCAGCGGUCCCCGCAUCAUCAUCUUCAUCCUGGGGGGCGUGAGCAUGAGCGAGAUGCGCUGCGCCUACGAAGUCACGCAAGCCAGCGGGAAGUGGGAGGUGCUAAUAGGUUCUACUCACAUUCUUAACCCCACCAAAUUUCUCAUGGAUCUGAGGCACCCCGACUUCAGGGAUUCCACUAGGGUAUCUUUUGAGGAGCAGGCUCCAACAAUGGAAUGAGAGCCAAAGAGAGCAAAUAAAAAAGAUCCACUCAUGUUCUCACCCCACAGAAACUGCUGGAUACGUUGAAGAAACUGAAUAAAACGGAGGAAGACAGCAGUAGUUAAAGGAAUCCACCCGUUUGUCCUUCUCUCCUCCAUUUCCCGAUCCCUCUGCAUCCGCUCACACAAAAUGCAACGACUUCUGGUCGACGUAUCCCAGUUUCCCCGUCGUUGCGCUCCCGGUCCUCUCGACUUGUGUUUCGGUGAACUUUCCUUUCCCUGUCAUCCUCCCUCCCUUUCCAUUUGAAGCUAAAGUAAAUAAGACAGGAACAAACAAACAAACAAAAAAUAAUCAAUAUGCAUUGUGUCUAAAGGUUACAAAAAGAGAAAGAAAAGAAAAGAAUAAUAUAUUCUAUAGUAUAAAUAUUAUCUCCGUAUGUAUUCCGAUGAAAUAAAACCGCCAACAACCGAAACCCCGUUCCCGACGAAUCCAUCGCUCCAUCCGUGUGGCAAAGACGACGACGAUAAUUAUUUUUUGAAUAAUGUAUUUUUCAAUCCUUGAUUUGUGUUCUUCCUUCUCUCUCUUUUUGCCUGGAUGGGUGAAUGCUCGUGACCUUAUUUAUGGCUAUGUGAUCCUCGUUCCCGAAAACCUCAGAUGCAAACUGUGAAUGUUCUCUGCGUUUGGAAACCGCUUGCAUUUUGGACCUAAAUGUAAUAAUCUCAUCUCCUCCCUUUUCCAACCUACCCUUUCGCGCUGCUGUCGUUGGGAUUGUCGUCUUGGGGUUUAUUUAUUUGUGUAGGUUGUGGGCUUACAGGAAGGCUUUGAACCCAAAGUUUCUCUCCUCGCUUUCAUUUAAAAGGCUGUGACGUUUGCAAUGCUGGCAUGCCUGGAUCCUCCCUAAACUCGCCCGACAAAGAAAUAAAUACAUUCCCCUCCCA